AUGGAAGUCGGCUCAAAAUUUGAAAACGUGGUUGAUUUUAGGAGAGCUUUGAACCACUUUGCAGUCACAAAUGACUUUAACUACUACAUUCAGAAAAGUGAUCCGACACGAUUCAUAGCAAGGUGCGAAAACCUAGAAUGUGAGUGGAGAAUUCAUGCUUCUAUUACACAAGAUGAAGUUACCUUUGAAGUUAAAAAAAUGGUACAAGUACAUACUUGCACUCGAAGAAACAAGGGUGGCAAUAAGCGUGCCACUCAAGGUUGGAUUGCUAAUGUAGUAACUAACAAGUUGAAAUCUGAUGGGGAUGUCUCUCCAUAUAAGCUUAGAAAUUGGAUUAUGAAAACUUACAAUGUUGAUGUGUCGUACCUAAAAGUUUUUAGAUGGAAAGAGCAAGCCUAUACUGACAUGUAUGGUAAGUGGGAAAACUCUUUCAUGAAGAUGGACAAAUUUAGAGAAGAACUAUUAAAAAGGAAGGAAGGAAGCGUUGUUGAAAUUGACUUUGACAAAGUUGGAGGAAAGAAACUUUUCAAAAGGUUUUUUAUUUGUUUAGCAGCUUGUUCUAGAGGGUUUGUUGCUGGUUGUCGUCCGUAUAUUGGUCUUGAUGCUUGUCAUUUAAAGUGA